CACCGCCACUGCCAGGCCGGCCUGGUGCAACAGGGGAGCGGCCCAGCAGGUUUAUCCUCCCCGAGCUGUCCUCUCCCCGCCUCACCUGGGCCUGGCCCUCCUCGGCUGGCAUGCUCCCCUGUGCCAGACGCAGCCAGCGGGCGGCGGACGCUGCAUCAGGAUGCCCAGCAUCUUCGCCUAUCAGAGCUCCGAGGUGGACUGGUGCGAGAGCAACUUCCAGCACUCGGAGCUGGUGGCUGAGUUCUACAACACGUUCAGCAACAUCCCCUUCUUCAUCUUUGGGCCUCUCAUGAUGUAUCUGAUGCACCCCUAUGCGCAGAAACGCUCCUGCAGCAUUUACGUCUUCUGUAUCCUCUUCAUAGUCAUAGGCCUGUUCUCCAUGUACUUCCACAUGACCCUCAGCUUCCUGGGCCAGCUGCUGGACGAGAUCUCCAUCUUGUGGCUGCUGGCCAGUGGCUACAGCAUCUGGCUGCCCCGUUGCUACUUUCCCGCCUUCCUCAGGGAAAACAGGUCCCAGUUCACCAACUUGGUCUUCAUCACCACCGUGGUCAGUACCUUCCUGUCCUUCCUGAAGCCCACGAUCAAUGCGUACGUCCUCAACGUCAUUGCCCUGCACAUCGUCUACAUUGCGUUCCAGGAGUACAGGAAGACCAGCAAUAAGGAGUUUUGUCAUGUCAUCGAGGUCUCCAUUCUGUUAUGGGCUUCUGCUUUUACCAGCUGGGUCAGCGACCGCGUCUUCUGCAGUUUCUGGCAGCGGAUUCACUUUUUCUACCUGCACAGCAUCUGGCACCUGCUCAUUAGUGUCACAUUCCCAUAUGGCAUGGUCACUAUGGCCUUGCUGGACGCCAGGUACGAGUUGCCAGACAAAACCCUCAAAGUCCACUACUGGCCUCGGGACACUUGGCCAGUGGGGCUGCCUUAUGUGGAAAUCAGUAGUGACAACAAGAAAUGCUGAGCUCUGCUGACUUCUUGACUACCCAACUACCUGCCAACUCACCUGUGUCUGGAGGACAGACCUGGACCAGGAGUUCCUCCCUCCAGCUCCCUUGCUCCACCCUCUUUCUCCUGCACGGCCCCGCCCCAGGGCAGGGGAUGGACUUCAUGACCUCUCUGUGCAGCAACCUGAUGAUCCUAGGGUGGGAGGCUGCCUGGCAGAGCUCCCCUCCAUGACCUGCUGCUGCUUGCUUUCAUUUCCUCCUUUGCGAUCACUGCUUCUCCAAAGUCACAUGACCUGGUGAGGCUGGAUGGCCAGGUGCCAUGAGUCCCUGGCAUCUACGUUGAAUGACCUCAGACUGUGGCUUGGUCCUUGGAGCUCGGGGAGCAUCUGAGAGAAUGGACAUGCUUCCCAAUUACCUUAUUCUACACCCCCACAUGUGUGCAGAGACCUCACACACACUCCCAUGUGCUCUCCCACAGACUUGUGGGGCCAUCUCAUUGGUUAAUGAUGGAGCGACAUGGAAGCUGGACUGGGAAAUCUGGGUGCUGUUGGGGCAUGGGCAUGAGGAGGGGGCCAGGGUCUCAAAGCAAGGGAGAAGGGGAGGAUGGUUUUCACGGCGGUUAAGAGCACAGGGCGUGGAGUCAGGCAACCUAAGUUUGAGUCUUAUUGCAUCAUUUCCUGGGGAAGUGAUUUUUCCUGCCUUUGAAGCUCAAGCCCCUUGUCUGCAAAAUGGAAAUAUUCCUGCCUUCAUGGGAUUUCUGUGUGAAUAAAACAAGAUAAUGUGUAUAAAGUGCUCA